UGAAGAUAAAGGUUUCAUGACGUUUUCGAGAAAACAAUAUUUCUUUUUUGAAUGACAAUAAUUAUACGUAGCUGUUCAUGGAAACUAUGAAAUAUUGGUUUUGUACCAGAGACACGAUUCGUAUAACUGUCCCGUGAACCACGUGCAGCAUAAUUAGUGUACAUUAAGGAAUCGUGUUUAUAAAUGCAUAACAUACACAAAAUCAAAUCAUAACAUACUCAUUAUGUGGAAAAUCUGACCGUCAAGGCUGGAGAAUUUACCUAUAAUAAAUGAUAAACGUCAUCAACAAUGCCAGAAGCCAUUGUAUUAUAUUAAAUAGCGAAUUUAUCAUUUGUUAUAAGCGACGCCAUAAAGUUUAAGUACAUUUUUAGAUACGUAAACGUGCACGAUGGGUGCAAUAUGGUUAAAGUCAUUACCUAUUGACAGAAAAGUUACGCCAAACUAUGACGGUUAGCCAAAAAUCAGUUAUGAAAAUCAAACUGGUGUUAAAUGCGAUAACUAUAGAACCCUUGCUGAUAUGCUAUGUGGCUGCUCGUGCGAUGUGUGAUCCAACAUUAAAAAAUUUGGAACUCGACAAAGCAUGUUACGUCAAGGCGAAUUACAAUGGAACAGUGUGCAAUACAAUAACAAAUGGAACUUUCGAAGAACAAAACUUUACAAAGGAGAAUAACGAAAUCCAACUUCACAUAACUGAUAUGCACUCAUGGCAAAUAUCCGCAUCAAGUGUAAUAACAAUGUUCGUUGUGUUAGUUCUCGGGACCAUUAGCGAUCAUUACAAAAUUCGGAAACGAUUCCUGAUUUUUUCCGUAACUGGACAAUUGGUCGAAUUGAGUGGGUGCAUAGUGUGCGUCGCGUACAUGAACUACUGUCCGCUGGAGGCGCUGGGUGUUGCGCAAGAAGUGGUACUGUCGCUUUUUGGGGGAGAGAAAUUCUUCCUUACCAUUAUAUUUGCCUAUAUAACUGACAUAACGACCGAAGGGAGACGCACUCUUAGGAUAGCGAUUAUACAAGGGAUCUACAACAUAUGCUACGGCAUUGGCAAUCUGUUCACAGGAAGCUUUUUAUCCAAACUGGGAUAUCUGAUAGUACUAUCAAUAUGUUUCGCAGUAACGAUGCUUGGAUUAGUAUAUGCGAUCUUUUUCGUAAAAGAAUCGAGCGUAAAGUGUAAAAAAAGUGACGAACCUGCCAUUACGCCGAUUACACCCAAAGACUUUUUGGAAACACUGAAAUUGUUCUCCAAAUAUCACAAAAGUCAGAGUGUUAAAAUUAUUAUGAUACUAAUCGUUUUAGCUUUGGCCAGUACUAUCAGCUAUGGUGAGUUAAGUGUUAUGUUUCUGUUCACUGCCACUGCCUACAGCUGGACAAUUAAGACUUAUACAUACUUUUUUACCAUAACAACAGGUAUUAACACUUUAGGACUGGUCUGCGCGGUACCACUAUUCACAGAGGUAUUUAAAUUGCAUGAUUUGUUAAUAAUUGCGGCUGCGUUUUUGAAUAGGAUAAUAGUUAAUACUAUUUAUGUAACUGUUCGUACUCCAUUAGGACUCUAUAUAGGCUGUUCCAUUGCGAUAUUACGAAUUCUAACCCUGGUGGGCAUUCGAUCUCAAUUAACGAAGUACGUACAUCACUACGACAUAUGCAAGGUGCUUGCGCUUUACACAAUUGUCGACUCCUGCAGCGAAGCGUUUGCUUCGGCUUUAUACAACAAAGGAAUUUACGGACUAACUCAGGCUACGUUUCCCCAUGCAUUUUUCCUGGUCGGAAUUGCAUUAGGCGCCAUCGGUAUAUUAAUUGUUUUGUUAAUGUACCACAACGUCAGGAAGCCAAGGAGAAAAGACGCGAAAGAUCCACCAGUGAUAAUUGACGCAUUUGACCGGAGAGUGUCUUUGGAUAUGCAAAUUACCACUUUGUAAUUUAUACGACAGCGUUCAUUAAAUUAAAUGUUUUGUAUAAAUUUCCUGCUUAUGACCAAUAAUUACAGCUCUUAAAAAGGAAUUAAAAAAAGUUUUUUUGUUAAAUUAAGCAAUAAACAAAAUCCAUUAAACUUA